CCCCCCCCCCCCCCCCCCCCCCCCCCCCCCCCCCCCCCCCCCCCCCCCCCCCCCCCCCCCCCCCCCCCCCCCCCCCCCCCCCCCCCCCCCCCCCCCCCCCCCCCCCCCCCCCCCCCCCCCCCCCCCCCCCCCCCCCCCCCCCCCCCCCCCCCCCCCCCCCCCCCCCCCCCCCCCCCCCCCCCCCCCCCCCCCCCCCCCCCCCCCCCCCCCCCCCCCCCCCCCCCCCCCCCCCCCCCCCCCCCCCCCCCCCCCCCCCCCCCCCCCCCCCCCCCCCCCCCCCCCCCCCCCCCCCCCCCCCCCCCCCCCCCCCCCCCCCCCCCCCCCCCCCCCCCCCCCCCCCCCCCCCCCCCCCCCCCCCCCCCCCCCCCCCCCCCCCCCCCCCCCCCCCCCCCCCCCCCCCCCCCCCCCCCCCCCCCCCCCCCCCCCCCCCCCCCCCCCCCCCCCCCCCCCCCCCCCCCCCCC